AAUUGAUCACUGCCGGCCGCUCUGCCAAAAAUUCGCAACUUUGUCAUGCAAUUUACUAACGGCUAGUUGUUUCCUACAUUCAUACAAAGAUUUACAUUUAUCUCAGUCUGGAAAACUCAUUCAACAAAGCACAGCUGCACUUCCGCAGGUAUAUCUCGUGGAGUUGAAUUGCAGCAACAACAAGCAAAAUAGUGCAGCUAUCUAUUAAACGAAAGUAUCAGGUUUAAAUUAUGGAAAUCAACGAGAAUAAUUUCGAGCGUCUCGCGAACUAUUUGCAGCAAACUUUAAGCCCUGAUCCAGAAGUGCGCCGACCCGCGGAACGGUUCAUCGAAAGCAUCGAGAUAAGUCAGAACUAUCCCUUGCUUUGCUUGCAUCUUAUUGACCGAACUCAGGUGGACAUCACCAUCCGCGUUGCAGCUGCCAUCGCAUUCAAAAACUUUGUGAAGCGCAACUGGGGAUAUCACUUGGAUAAUGAUGGACCAGAUAAAGUGGCUGAAUCGGACCGGAGCGGCAUCAAAUCAAUGAUUGUUCCGCUGAUGCUGAAAUCUCCCCCAUCAAUCCAGAAACAACUGAGCGACGCGGUUAGUAUCAUCGGAAAGUAUGAUUUCCCGCUCAAAUGGCCUCAGCUGAUGGAUGAAAUGAUCGAAAAGUUCAGCACCGGGGACUUCAACGUCAUCAAUGGCGUCUUGCAGACGGCCCACUCGCUGUUCCGACGCUACCGGUAUGAGUUCAAAUCACAGGCACUUUGGGAGGAAAUAAAAUUCGUGCUCGAUAAGAUUGCAAAACCAUUAACGGAUUUGCUCCAGGCCACUCUGGGGCUUGCCGAGGCACAUGCCAACAACGAGGAAGCACUGAAGAUUAUUUACGGAUCGUUGGUUCUGGUUUGUAAAGUGUUCAAUUCGUUGAACUCGCAGGAUUUGCCGGAGUUUUUCGAAGACAACAUGGAAACGUGGAUGAAGGCUUUCCACGGGAUGCUCACAGUUGAUAUUGCCUGUCUGAAAACACCCGAUGACGAAGAUGCUGGAGUUUUAGAGCAUUUGCGGUCGCAGAUUUGUGAGAAUCUCUGCAUGUACGCGCAGAAAUAUGACGAAGAGUUUGGUCCUUACAUGCCACAAUUUGUGACAGCGGUUUGGGAACUGUUGGUGAACACCGGUAUCCAGACGAAGUACGAUGCACUCGUUUCGAAUGCGUUGAAUUUCUUGAGCACGGUCGCUGAUCGGAGCCAUUAUCGGCAUUUAUUCGAAGAUCCAAAUGUGCUGGCAAGUAUUUGCGAGAAGGUCAUAAUUCCUAACAUGGAUUUCCGUGUCUCAGACGAAGAGCUUUUUGAAGACAAUCCAGAGGAAUAUAUUAGGCGAGAUAUCGAAGGAUCGGAUGUUGAGACGCGUCGUCGGGCCGCUUGUGAUUUGGUCAAAACACUUUCGCAGAAUUUCGAAUCAAAAAUAAUAGAAAUAUUUGGGCAAUAUUUGCAAGUUUUACUGAUGAAAUACGCUGAGAAUCCGGCUAACAACUGGAAAACUAAAGACACUGCAAUAUAUCUAGUAACGUCAAUGGCCGCAAAGGGUCAAACACAGAAGCUGGGUGUCACCCAAACGUCCGAGUUGGUUCCCCUUCCCCAGUUCACCCAGCAGCAGAUUAUUCCUGAGCUUGAACGAUCGGAUGUCAAUGAACUUCCGGUGCUGAAAGCAGAUGCGCUCAAAUUUAUAAUGGCCUUUCGAACUAUUCUUGGCCCGCAAAUAAUCGCCGCAACUCUACCGCUCGUAACGAAGCAUCUCGCCGCGGGAAACGUUGUUGUACACAGCUAUGCCGCGUGUGCCAUCGAUAAGAUCCUAACCAUGAAGGGGCCCGACAACAAGCCAAUCGUCACAAAAGAAAUUCUUGCCCCACUCAGCGCCGAGUUGAUCACCGGACUUUUUGCCGCCUUCACUGUGCAAGGUUCGAACGAGAACGAGUACAUCAUGAAAUGCAUCAUGCGAACGCUGAAUACCCUGCAGGAGUCGUCGCUACCAUUCAUGAUUGUGGUACUUCCUCGCCUAACGGAAAUCCUCACGGUGGUGUCUAGAAACCCUUCGAAGCCGCAUUUCAACCACUAUCUGUUUGAGACGUUGUCUCUUUCGGUGAAGUUAGUGUGCAAAGCUGAUCCCAACGCCGUCAGUUCUUUCGAGGAGGCGCUUUUCCCUAUAUUCCAAGUUAUUCUGCAGCAGGAUAUUUUGGAAUUCAUGCCAUACGUAUUUCAAAUGCUUUCGCUUUUCUUGGAGAUCCGUGAGGGUAAGAGUGCCAUACCGGAAACCUAUCUUGCGCUGUUCCCGUGCCUUCUGUCACCAGCGCUUUGGGAGAGGCCAGGUAAUGUGACUCCGAUGAUUCGAUUGCUGUGCGCUUUCAUUCGACAAGCCUCGGCCCAGAUUAGUGGAGAGGGUAAGCUGAAUGGCGUCCUGGGAGUUUUCCAGAAGAUGAUUGCCUCUAAGAGCAAUGACCACGAGGGUUUCUACUUGCUGCAAAACCUGCUGCUGCACUAUCCUGCCGAGGAACUGGGACAAAGUAUGCGUCAGAUAUUUUCCUUGUUGUUCCAACGACUGAGCUCAUCCAAGACCACAAAAUUCGUACGCAGUUUCAUCGUGUUUCUGUGUUUGUACAGUGCACGCAUUGGUGCACAGGCUCUUGUGCAAAUGAUUGAUAACAUUCAAACAGCAAUGUUCGGAAUGGUCAUCGAACGAAUACUCAUUCCAGACAUGAACAAAGCCGCCGGCGAACUUGAUCAGAAAAUCGUAUCCGUUGGGAUCACAAAACUUCUCUGCGAAUCGCCAGAGAUGCUCUCCGACCAGUACGUGAAGUUCUGGCCCCAGCUGCUGCAGAAUGUCAUACAGAUCUUCGAGCUUCCACCGGACGAGUCGAACAUCGAAGGUGACACGUUCAUUGAAAUCGAGGAUGUCUCCGGUUAUCAAGCCGCUUACUCUCAGCUUAAUUUCGCCCAGGCGAAACCCAUCGACCCGCUGCCAGAUGUGUCGAACAUCCGUCAGUAUUUGGUGCAGCAUCUCGGAAAGUUGGCCAAAAUGAAUCCGGGAAAAAUUGGUGCCCUGGUGGCAUCACUACCGGCGGCACAUCAGGAGGCUCUGCAAAAGUACUGCGCCCAGAGCGGAGUGCAGAUUGCUUAAUUGUAUUGUUUUUGUGGAAAACUUUGUGAAUGUCAUUUGAUUACGUUUUAAAACAUCCCCAUUGAUAUUGAAUAUCACCUAUUUCACUGUACGAAUAAAACAAAAAAGUGUUAUUUUUAAAAAGUGUUAUUUUACGAGAAGG